GUUACCUUCCGAGGCCGAGUGAGCGGUCGGCCGGCGCCGCCGGGAACGACCGUACCGCAGUACAAUGACGGCGGCGGCGGCGGCGGCGUAAGCUUAUUGCGCGGGCCGAUGGCGGCGCGCUUGAUGCUGGAGUGUUCGUUAGAGCUGUUGGAAGUCGCUCGUACGGCUCCGACAUUGGAGGUAGCGGCGCUGGAGCCAGUGGCGGCGGAGGCGGCGACAGGCGCCGCUGCGGACGCAGGCACGGCGUCGGCGGCGGUGGCGGAGACGGCAUCGGAGGUAGCAGCGGCGGCGGCGACGCUGAGGGUGGCGGUGUCGGAGUUGGUGGCGCCGAGGACAGGUGCAGGCGGGGAGGACGCGGCGCCAGUGGCGCAGGUAGCGGCUGUAGCGUCGAGCGAGCGCCCGUAUGAGUCGUCGGCUGCCGCGGUGGAGGGCGCGGUGGAGCUGGCGGGUGCCGCCGCCGCGCCCCUAUCCCGCCUGCUUUCCUCGCCGGACUGGCUGGGGGAGCUGCCAUUGCAGCCGCCGCCGCGGGAGGCGCUGCGGGUGUCCUGGGGGGAACUGCUGGGCGCCUCGGGGGCGGCAGCAGCAACCGCCACCGCCACCGCAACGACGACAAC